UAAUUCAGUGUAGAAAGUAAGGUGAAAGACGGCGUCGUUUCAGUACAGGCGGUAGUCUUCAAGUUCAAUCUCCGAGUUGAAAGCUUCACCGACUCAGCGACUGUGGCGUACGGUGCUGAAGAUCGCACCAAAAAAAUCUUUGGGGUUUCAUCUUCAAUGGAAGGAAUCGGAUCCAGAUUGGGCCGAGUCUCAUCCCGGUAUGGUCCGGCAGCCACCGUCUUCAAUGGCCCCGUCCGCAAGUGGAAGAAGAAGUGGGUGUUAGCCUCUUCCUCUUCCUCCGGCCUCAAUUACCAAACCUCUUCUCACUCCCAAUCCAACGCUCAGAAGCUUCUUCUCUGCCGCUGGACUCCGAUUCAUCCCCCUACUUCAUCGGAAGCUGACGAAACUUCUCCACCGCCUGACGAGCCCCCCAAACGCAAGUUCCGUUACACUCCUAUUGCUGUGCUGGAGGAGCAGAAAAGUGCAGAAACGAGAAGUGUUAAAGAUGAAGUUAGAAUGAAAGAAAUGGAUCAGUUGGCAGCGAAGACUGCGGCGGCUGUGGGUAAUGAGGCUCUAGGAGAGCUAAAUGUCAAUGAGGUUUUUAAGGAAGAAACUCAGGAAACAAGCAAGAAUCUGAACAGCCCACGCGAUGGAAGCAGGAACAACUUAGAUUUGGCUUUGUGCUUGAAUGGUCAGAAAAAGGUUCAAGAUUCUGCUGGCAAGAGCUCGUAAAAUCUGCAAAAAGUGCAGGGCUAAAGCCGGUUUUAACCCUAUGGACAAUGGUAUAGCAGAAGUUUUUAGUUUCAUAUGUGAGUUAGUAUCUCAUCCCUUGGUAAGUUGGAAACAUAAUGUAUUAUAGCGACUGUUUGUGUAUAUAUGAUCUUAGGGUUAGGUGGGGGAUGGAUCAGUAUAUAAUCUAGAAGUACCUUAUGGGAAUUUGUUUGUUGUGGAAAAUGUAUUUAUUCUUCCUCAAUAAUGUGCAAUCAGAAUGCUAGAAGGGAUUAUGUUUAUGAAAAUGUUAAUAUAAAUGUUGAUAGUCAUUGGUAGA